AUUUUAGUUUGAAAGUCAUUUUAUUUUAUAUUAAAUUUUAAAAUAUGAGGCUGAAUACACUCACUUUUUAUCAAUGCCAUAUUAGUAUAUUUUUUUAAAAUUUAAAAUUAUCUGCGUCUACAAAAUUGAAUUUGUUUCCUUACCUGGUUAAUAGGCGUUCACCUUACAAGUCAUUUCUUUUGACCUCGUAAGUUACUAUUGUAAUAUUUACGAAAGAUCUAAUAAUGUCUGGAGUUCUGAGAUGUACCUUGAACAAAGUUGUUCCAACAUUGCGUUCCAACAUCACACAGAAAGCUACUAUGAUAUCAGGUCCCCCACGAUAUCAGAUUCCCUUCACGGUAUGUUUUUCGCAGUUAAUUCCAAAUCAUACUCAUGUCAUAAAGUAAAGAGUAAAGACUGUCAUUGAGUCAUUGUCAAAUUGUCAUAUAAUAAUUUAAUAUUAAUUAUAAUAAUAUCAUAUUUAUAAAAUAUAAUAUAAUUAAUAUUAUAUGACCUUAGCCUAACUAAAAAUUACUACGGGCUACUACUAGGCCCAUUAGACUUUAGACAUUAGAAGUAGAAGUCUAGACAAAGUUCAGUAAAACUUUCACUCGCUAGUCACAGACCUAAACCUUGCCUAAGCCUAAUGCCUAAUGAAUCAGUGAAUAGUAUAGUAAGGGUGGAUGAGACUCGUUAACCUUGGUCGGCAACUCAUCUAAGAGAAGGAAACUCUGAAUUCAAACCCGGAGUUGGAGUCCCGUGCCGUAAGGCGCAAACAAUGACAAUUCCUGCAACCGAACCCAUCCCUGGUCGUCUUGACGUAGAGUCUUGCCACUGGAUAUGGUGGGCUCGGAUGAGAGAGUGAGGUAGACGCGCAGCGCAACUCUUCUUCACUUUAAACAAAGUCAUCCGCGCAAGUCAUCAGUCACCAGACGACUCGAUGGUCCUCGUCGAUCCUCGACCGACGAACAAUAAUAAUAAUAAUAGUAUAGUACUAUAUAGUAUAGUAAUUAAGUAUAAAAAUGGGUAUGUGAAUUAAAUAAGUUAAAGUACAAUAGAAAAUGCAUGUUUUCUGUUAUUGAUAUUGUUUCUAAAUAAAUGAGAAUAUUAUUUUUAUGCAUUUCAUUAUUCAAGAGAUCUCAGUGGUGAGAAUCUCACUGAGAUCUCAAUUGAAAUGUAUACAAUACAAAUUAAAAUAUUAAUAUAAAUAUUAGAAAAAACAAACAAGCACAACACCAUCAUGACCAUGGCAUUACAUUAUUGAUGAUGCCAUGCAAUUCAUGCAUGGCUGUCAUAUGGCAUGGUAUAAUUUACAAAGCCUGAAAAAGGGACAGGCUUGAUAAAUAAUUACUAGCCUACUAUUUAGCCUGAAUUAUAGUUAUAAUAUAGACCGUUCAGAUUACAGUCGAAGCCGCUUAUCUUGACCUCGGUUUGCUCGCCAACCCUGUUAUGUCGAUGUUUUUGAAGUGGAACUGCCAAAGUCUCUCUUAGUAUUUUCUCCUCAGUUAUAUCGAUUCUUUUAUGCUGCCGAAGCCUGAUAUCUCAGGCACAAAAGGCGGCCAAAUUUGCAUCUUUACGUUGGUUAUCUUGAUCCCCUGACCAAUCACCGGCUUUGCAUAAUUAAAUAUAAUUAUUUAUUUCUCAAAAUACAGGAGUGAAAGAAUCCCUAAGUUUAUGUUGUAAUGAUAGUCCUUCUCGUGUGCACAAAACAGACUAUAAUAAUUUCAUUGUCACUCCCUUAGGUAGCCAAACAAAACUAGAUCUCCAUAUAACCCCGUGACCUACCUGCAUUGAUAGGUUUAUGGUCUGUUUCCAGCAUCCGAAAAAUCUAUCGGUGCGCACCGACAUGUGAAGUACCUAAUAUUAUAGACCUAUUUUUUUAAUUUUAAUUUUAAUUUUUUAUAAUAUUCGUUAAUAGAAAGUUGGUCUACUAAGUAUGAGCCUAAGCAAGCUGUCCUAAAACUAAGACAAAAAUUGAGUACUUUACACAUAAAGUGUUUAUAAUAUUAGUAUUCUAAUCAAAUACAGUCUAAUCAGUCAGUCUAAAUCUAAUAUAAAGUAACCUAAACCUAGUCUAGGCCUAAAACACAUUAGGCUAAGCCCUAUAGCCUAUUAAUCAUUAUUCAUUUAAAUUAUUCAAUUAGGCAUAGUCUGAAAAUUAGGCUUUAUUUAGUGUAUUAGACUCAUUCUUAUUUAUCAAUACACAUCAUGUACAUAAAGAAAUUUCUAGCAAAUUUUAAUAUAUUGACGCUAUAUUGGUUUUCGUUUAUCUCGAUCAUUGGUUAUCUCAAUGCAUUUUGUCAAACCCCUAGGCCGUCAACAUAACCGGGUUCUAUUGUAUAUAAUGUAGAGACCGACCGAAUUUCGGCUUCGGUUUCGGCGCCGAAAGUGGCCAUUUUAUCACUUUCGGCUAAGUUUCGGUUUCGGCUGAAACUGGAAAGUUAACUUUCGGCUUAAUUUCGGUUUCGGCCGAAAGAGAAAAGUUAACUUUAGGUUUUUCUUCGGUUUCAAAAAAAUUUUAGACAAAAAUAGACACAAAAUUUAUUAAAGUAAAGAGAUAAUAAAGAGAAAGUAAUUAAGCUGAUGUGCUGUCCGUUCGUUCACCAUGCAAAUACGCUACAGUAAAUUAAAACUAUAUUAAAACUUUACUAAAAAAAAUUUGCCCCCCUCCCCUGGAAAGUUAAUAGAUUUUUUUGCAUCCCCCCUAGAAAGUUUUCUGCGGGCGCCCAUGCCUGUUUUGGGUUGAAAUAACUAGGUCGAACUGGAAACGGUAUUUUUAAGACAGUCAAAUUAUUUAUUAGUUUGUUUCAGGAAAUCCUAAUCAUACUGUUUACACACAAAUAUUUUGUAUUUAAUCCAAUUAUGGUUAAUCACAGUCAAAACCUUUUAUAGUUACUUAAUUGAACUUAAUUCUACUGCUACUAAUUUUGUUCUUGACUGUCUUUUUAGCAUUAGAAUGUGUACAGGUACACAUUAAUUUAACUGAAGGCUUGUGUAGCCGAAAUGUUUUUAAUUUUUUUCUGUGUCUCCUUUAAAGUUAAAACAUACUUGUUAUAAUGCUUAAUUAGUUUUUGUCUUAAAUCAUUUGUUUAUUUCCUUAGUCCUAUUGUGUUUUUGCUUUUCACUGUCAUAGUUGAAGAUCUAAACUUAUCACUCAUAUAUUUUAUUUUUCAGACAAAGCUUGCAGUUGGGGGAAGCAUGUGUGUUAUUAUAGUUGCGCCUAUGUUCUGGAUUAUGGCCAAUAUCAAGCACUACAAGAAUCCUGGGGGCGUUGUUGCUGAAUCAGAAUAAUGGACUUGUGCUUAUAUGAGAUUGAGAGGACAGCAAGACAUUUGACUGAAUCAUACAUGUUUGAAAAUGAAGUGUUUUAAAGUUACAAAUGAGUGUUUGUUUUGACCACUGCGCUAAUUUACAAUAGUCUGAGAGUUUUUCUCGGUAUAGAAUAAAUUACAACAAAUGAUUUUUUCGGUAUAAAUAGUUUUUGUUUUGUAUUUUUACACCAUAUGUAAAUGUCAUGGAGUUGAAAGCUAAAGCUUUAAUGAGCAAAAUAUUCAUUUUUUGGACCAUCAUUCAGAUCACUAGCUCUUCACAACAAACAACAGAAAACAUCUUGAUAAGAGUAUUUUCUUUUUAUUAUUGAGUUGAAAUAAGUUUGGUAUCAGCCUGCAUAGCAUCCGUAACAUAUAUAAGGCUGAAAUUGCUGCAGAUUUAAUGAAGCUAGGUACUAUUACUAUUAUUACCAACUAUUAAUAUUUGAGGGUUUCCUCUUUUUUGCUGAUGCCUAAACACUUACUACAUACAUUUUCAAAAUAAGGUGGCUACAAAAGCUGAAAUAAUGAUUAAUGUUUAAGUAUAUAUAGUUAAUGUCAACAACAAAUACAAGUUAUACAUAAUAGUAAAUGUAAUGGCAAAUCUCAUCAAGUGAAUAUCAAUGUAUUUUUUUUCUUCAUGCAAAUGCAAUGUUUUCUUAAAACCCUGCUACACAACAUAUUUAGCAGAUGUACAAAUUAUUAAAUUUAAAGCAUGAUAUAUUCUCCCAGUAGAAUUUAUGAGUGCUAGACUAAAACUGAUUUUAAAUCCUCAAUAGGAUUGUUAAUACAAGUAAUAUAAAAUUAAGUGCAUCUCUUUUCCUUGAUAAUUGCAAUAAAAUUAGCUAGAAAUUACUUGCAUUUUUCAAUUUAAAAAAUGCAGUUUGUCUGCACUGCAACUUGUAAAUCAUUAAAAAAAAAUCUUGACACUGAGUAAUGAGUUUGCUGGCAGCAGUGUGAAAUAUAAUAUAUCUCGAUGAGACAACAAUUAUUUUUUGUACAUAUGUACAAAUUGCAAGAAUAAAAGUGAUUGGUCUAUGGUACCAUGUACACACAAACUCACUUAUAUUGAUAGUGGAAAGAUGGUAUCCUUUUGUAACCAAAGGAUUGCACUAACACAGGAAAGUAGUCUAACCACCACCUUAAGAUUUAGCAUCAGUCAACUAAUAUCAGCCAGGAGGGUAACAAUGUGACAUGCCAAAAUAGUUAUCAAAUGUGGGUACAAUCUAUUCAUUAGUGUUAGAAUAUGUAUCGAGGAAGAAUCUUUCCCCGGGUUCAAACCUUCAUUGUAAGAAGAAGUAUAGAACUUUUGCCAUCCCACCUACUUGAUACAUAUUAAAUACAUGAAUUGAAUGUUGAUUUAGCGAGAGGUGAUAAGCAAGUUAAUAGUAAGUGUAAGAGAUAAUUAAUGUGCUCUGCGAGAGCAGCUUUAAUGGUUUGCAUUAAAGCUUUAAGUGCUGACACAAAAGCUGUCACCCUACCAAAAUUUUUUUUUUUUGUUUAAAUCAUCCCAUUGCUAAUUCUUUCUAGUAUUUUUUACUUCAGAUCCAUGUUUUUAUUGUUAGUUCCUAAACUUGUGCAGUUUAUGAGAUUUUUUUUUUUCUUCCUCUCUUAAAAAUAUAUAAAUUUGAAAUUUUCUCAAGUGAUUGAAAUUUAAAAUACUGUGGAGAAAGUGUGGGAUUAACUUACAAAAUUUAAAUGUAUUAAAUUUAUAUAAAGUUUAAAUGAAUCACUAUUCAGAUUAGCAAGGCGACUGUGAUUAUAUCAGUUGUUUUUUUUUGUAUUUGUUAAAGAUUCAUUUCAUUUACCAUACACCAGUAAAUAUAAUGUAUCUACAGAAUCAAUAAGGGAAAAGUAGUGUCUUAAGUAUUUUGUGCAUGUCUAAUUUUCUGAUUAUAUUUAUAAAAACAAUAUUCAGUAGAAUACAGUAUUUACAAUGCUGUUUUCUUCAUUGAAUUAUGAUGGAAAUACCUUAACAAACAAUAUAAAAAAAGUUCUAAAAGUGACCACUUUAAGAUAAGUUUCUUAAUAAAAGCCUUAAUUCAUUUUAUGACGCUUUAUAAUUACAUUCGGUUAGUAAUAAUAGCGCAGCACAGAGUAAUUUUUAAAAAAUAACUCUGAAAAAAAUAUUAAGUAAUUUUUCGUCAGUCAAAAAAUAUGCACAGAGUUCUAAAUUAGAACAAACAUUUUUUGAAACUUCUUCACCAAAUGGAAAGUCAAAUUUUGCAUUAAAUUUUGAUUGAGAUAUGGGGAAAUAUUGAAUGACUUACAUUACCAAUCAUUAUUCUCAUUAACUUUUUAAUCACAACUUUAGCCACUUAGGAAAAUUAGGUUAUUGCCCUUGUCUGACUUGCAGUUGUUAUUUAUCAUAAAGGCUUAAGUUUGUCAUUAUUUUGCUAAAGCUGAUAUCAGCUCAACAGAUCAGCAUUUAUAUAUGAAAUUAUUAUUCAUAUUUUACUCUAAAGUUGAAAAACAUUUUAAAUAAGAAAGGGAAUUUCUUUAAAAUACUGGUAGUAACUUUAAAAAAAAUCCUUUUUCAAUUUUCAAAAAUAAUAGACAGUAUUUUGUUUUAAGUUGAAAAUAUGUACAUGUUGUGCAGUAAAAAAAUAGUUAAAUGAAAAUGUUAAAAAAAAUAAUUCAAAACAAGGGUGCAUAAAAACAAGAAAGCUUUUUUUUUUUUUUGAAACAAACCAGGAAUACCGGUAAAUGUAUUUCAUAACGAAACAAGUAGAUUACAGGACUUCAUUGCAUUACAUGUUUCAUUAAUAAAGUACGUAUAAUUAACAUAAAUCACUCAGUUCUUAAAACCGUUCUGUUUACAAAAAGCAGCCCUGAGAGAUUUAAGGAAUGUUGUAUGGCCAAAAAUAAAAUGUGGUUCCAUUACCAUAGCAACUAAAUGUGCAUGUAAAAAAUUUUUUAAAAAAAUCAUGGCAAGUGAUUAACACUGGAUCAAAUAAAAAUAAUAUAGGUCAUGGGGUCAACUCAAAUAAAUAUAUACCAAGCUCCAAGAAAUAUAGGUUACUAGGUCAUUACUAUUUUUAGCUAAACUUUGCAAUAACAACACAAAAACACACAAUUAUUUCCAUUACCCUUGAUUAAUAAUGUGGGAAGAGUUAAUUUCAUUUAGCUUUCAGCUACAUAAAUGCAAUUACUAUAAUUAUGCUGAUUGUCGAUGAGUACUCAAAAUAGAAUUAGCUGUUACAAUUAAGUCAGAGUAAGGAAAUUUUUAAUUAUUUUUAAAAUACAGGUAUGAAAUAAUAUCACAUUUUAUUUUGUUCAUUAUGAUUGAUAUGUCAUGUUUUAUUAGUCUGAUGACUAAGAGCAGAAAAAAAAGUAGUUUUAUGUAUCUGUGCAUCUGAAGUACAACCUUGACAAAAAGAUUAAAGAUUAAAAUAACAUGUAUUAAUAUUUUAAAAUAAAUUACAACUUUUGUAUAUAUUAUUUCAGAUAUCACCAUUCAGUUUUAUGUGAAAAUAAAUACAUUUUUUUAUAGUUUGUUUUAAAAAAAAAAGUUCCAGGAAAAAAAAAAUCACAAUAAUUCAAACACAUAGCAAGAGAAAUAAGCAUUUCAUCUACACACUAGACUAUAUGAAUUUUUCAUGUUUCAUAAACACUAAUAUUCAUUCAACAAUAAUUCAAAUAUUGCCAAUUUUUAUUUCUCUAAAUAAAUGUUAAAUUUAGGCAUUUUAUAACAAAAUACAGGUAAAAAUGAUCAACAAUUAUCACUGUUUAGCAUGUUUAACCUUUAUUUUUAUUAAAUAAAAUAUUCUAUUUUAAUUAAUUCUUUAAUUAGAAUUAAAUUUUAAAAAUUAUUUUUGAGUGUUUUAAUGUAUAAAUAUAUACCAGGUAGCCUACAAAUCUGAGUGAAACUGCAACAUAUGCUUUAAAUUUUCAUAUCAUUCAACUCAAUACAGGUUAUGCACAUACUUUAGGAAAGGAAUUAUGUCAACAUCAUAAGGGUACUUCCCUAGUCUUUAACAAAUUAAAUAGCAUUUUAGCUGAUCAAUAUUAAGGCUAUCAGUGUGUUUGUUAACUGAUAUGGAUAAUGCAAGUUCAAUAUGUUGGCAUUAAAAAAAAAUAAUUCUGUAAUCACUUAAAGUAAGGCAAGAAGAAUUUAUUUGUUACCGUAUUUGAACAGAUGUGAUGAAUACAAAUUUUUUUUAAAGCCAGAUGCUUUUCAACACAGUUUUGCCCAUACCUACAUGAUUUUAUGUUAGAGGAUUAACUAAAUUAAAUUGUACUGGCACAGCAUCCAAUUUUGUGAAUGUUUAGAUUUCACGUAAUUCAUAAUUUAUCUUUUUCAAGAAAACAGUCCUUAUCUUCAAAAUCAAAGGAUCAGAUUUCAAAGGGACUGUUCCAUAAAUUUAAAAAGACAAAACCAGCAAGAACCAUAUUGCAGAGAAGUAAUAUAUGAUAGAGUUUUAUAUGGUUACAAUGCAUGAAAAAAUAUCAGCUUCGCUAAACAGAUCUGUACUGAAAAUAUCUAAUCAUAUUUUAAAAUGUUAAAUGUAUUGCUCAUAAAUUUUCUGCUAUGGCACAUAUAUUUACAACACUUUAUGAUGAAACCUACAGUCAUUAGCUUAAAGAUAAAUAUUUGUACAAAUGUUAUUUUUGUAGCUGCACUCACAACCAUGUGUUCUGUUACCUAAUGGAUAAUUAGGUGAUAGUGUUUUAAAUUCACCAUCCAUCUGGUGUGAAGGGUUUUGAUCAGUUAGGUUUUUCCUUCCUAAAAGAUAAAGAUUUGAGGAUGCUGCCUGAACGUUUGCGGUAGUUUGGCGAAGGUUGACCUUGACUUAGGAGAAGCUCAAUCUCAAUGCCAUUGCCAACUGACACCCACUUUGGAAUGCCGUCUGCAUCUGUUAAUAAUAGAGUGUAAGGAAUAGUCAAUCUCCAUGUAAACUGAAAAAAUGGUACAUAUAUGGACCUCACUAAACCAAGGAUUGCUUCCCACAAGGUUGGGACAGAAAAACUUUCAAAAACUGUUUCUUAUUAUUCCAUUCAAUCACCUGCUGAAAAAUUAAUUUUUGUGCUUCUGGCCCAUAACAUACAUUUAUAUAUUUGUAUCCUUCUGGCCCAUACCAUACAUUUAUAUAGCUCUAUCCUUCUGGCCCAUACCAUACAUUAAUAUAUUUGUGUCCUUCUGGCCCAUACCAUACACUUAUUAUAUAUUUCCUUACCAGCCAAAAGAGAUCUUAAAGAUUUACUCUUUGUCGUAAGGUGGUCCUUUCUGGAAUGUUUGAGGUCAAAAAUAAGAAGAGCAUCAAUUGGUACACCAGAACCUCUGUCAACCUGAGAUUUUAAAAUAAAUAUUGAAUGAAAUAGUUGGCAGGUUAAAUUUUAUUGAAUAAAACAAACUUUACAAAAAUAUAAUCAGUAUCGGGGAUUAAAUUUAAUGACAGCACAAGACAAAAUUUAAUUUAAGAAAAGUCUGAAAAGGUGUCCCCGAGUCAGAAUGGUAGUAUUGUGCAGGUUCUAAGUGAUAUGAUAUGGUCCUAGCAGAUGGGUGGAAUCAGCUCAUCAGCCCAGUUAAAUAGUCAUUCUUGGAAUGUAGGUCAAACCCGAGACAAAAACUGCAGCCACUGAAGUCAGCAACAAACUUUGCAUGGGAUUUAAUAAUGUCUAAUUUAUCUCAACACAAAAAUAAAAGAACUUUGUAUUCAGGAGUCAACCAUUUUUGUUCUAUUUAUAAGAUUUAUAUUCAACUUCAAUAUACAUUCUUUUCUUACCUGUCCAUAUUUUCAUGCUGGUCCAGAUAGAAC